AUGUCCGACUCACGACUAUAUUCCUUCUCUCCGGAGACCAAGGAGAAGCUGCGCAAGUUUCGCCUGGGCACAUCACGAGCCAAGGAUGCACAGGCUGUCAUUUAUAUCAUUGAUGCAAAGACCCAAGAGAUCCGGCCUCAGGACGACGAGAUCUACUCAAAGAUGGAAGAUUUAGCCGAUGAUCUUCCCGAGUCCUCUCCACGAUUCAUCCUUCUCAGCUACCCAUUGACUACCAAAGAUGGACGCCCCUCAGUCCCUUACGUGCUCCUAUACUGGCUCCCCGAGAACUGCAACCCGAUGCAACGGAUGUCGUAUGCAAACGCAGUGGAGCUAAUGCGCACCAGCGCACAAGUCAACCGAGUAAUCGAGGUGGAGUCGGAUGACGAUAUCAUCGACAUCAAGUCCAAGCUGACUGGCUCGGACUAA